AUGAUUACACAGGUGGUUAUUGGGAUUGUGUGUGGUGCUGUCGUCCUGACCGCAGGAAUCCUCAUCGGCCACUUUGGUAUCACCAAGAGCGGAAGCUCGGCGCCGUCCUGGGUGAAGGAUUUGGCGAAGGAUGUGGACGAGAGCCUUAUUGAGAAGUUCAUGUCUGAGGUGGACAACAUCCAGAUCAAGGAAAACCUCAGGGAGUUGACUAAAGUGCCCCACAUGGCCACCACACCUGGAGAUGAGAAAACAGUGCAAUUAAUGCUGAACAGAUGGCAGGACAAGGAAACUGGUCUUGACCAGGCUUGGAGAGAAGAGUACUUGGUCUAUCUGUCCUUCCCUGACCCCAAGAAACCCAACAAGGUCACUGUAGUGAGCCCGACUGAUACUGUGCUGCACACUGCAAGAGAAAAAGAGAAGCUGUAUCCUCCGGAUCAAGAUGAUCCUGACGUGGUUCAGCCAUAUGCUGCAUACUCCCCUGCUGGACACCCAAAGGGGAAACUGGUGUACGCCAACCAGGGGAGACUAAUUGACUACCAAAAGUUGAACGAGACAGUCGACCUUAGAGGAACCAUUGCUAUCACCAGAUAUGGAGGAGAAAGAAGAGCUGUUACUGCCAUCAAUGCAGCACCCUACGGUAUUGUUGGCAUGCUCAUCUACAUGGACCUGAUGGACAUCAACAAUGGUCUCAUGUCAGAUGUCAAUGAGACGUAUCCUCACUCCUGGUACCUGCCGCCCUCUGGUGUGAAGAGAGGUUCCUUUAAACUUGAGUAUGGAGACGCCCUUACACCUUACCUGGCUGCCAAAGACGAUACCUACAGAAUUCCAGUUGAGAACAUCACAGGAAUACCUCCCUUUCCAAUCCAACCAAUUGGAUUUGAGGAUGCCUACAGGCUAAUCUGCGAACUAGGUGGAGAAGCAGCUCCUGGUCCAUGGCAGGGAGCAUUCAAAUGUACCUACAACUUAGGCGGUCCGGGGUUCAAAGAUUCAUCUAUUUUCAACAACAGCGACGUGAAAAUGGCCAUCUUUAACUAUGAAGAGUUAAGGAAUUCCACCAAUGUGAUGGGAGUUAUCAGAGGGAGUGUUGAGCCAGACAGGUAUGUGAUCUUUGGGAACCACAGGGAUGGUUGGGUUAAUGGCGCCGUUGACCCAAGCAGUGGGACGUCUGUCUUCCUGGAAGUGACCAGACUGCUGGGCAGGAUGGUCAAGCAGGGAAAAUGGAGGCCUCGAAGGUCCAUGAUCUUUGGAAGCUGGGGAGCGGAGGAGUUCCGCAUUACUGGGUCUACAGAAUACACAGAGCAAUACUUCACCAAACUAAGUGAACGAACUGUUGCUUACAUCAAUGUGGAUAUAGCUGUUUUGGGCGACGACGCAUACAGGGCUGCUGCAAUUCCAUCACUACAGAAUGUCAUCUUCAAAGCCACAAAGCAGGUCGAUACACCUGGACUGGAUUCCAUUUCUCUGUAUGAAACCUGGAAAAAGUACUCCAGCAGGACAAGCCCGGCCCAUGGACACAUACCCAAGAUGGGAUCCGUGUCAAACGCACUGAGUGAUUAUGCUGCUUUUGUCCAGUACCUGGGAAUCACUUCCAUGGACAUGGCAUACUCAUAUAACACGAAUAAAACAAAUGCUCAUUAUUACCCUGCGUACCACACCGCAUACGAAACCUUUAACUACGCCUCAAAGUUCAUUGAUCCUGGAUUUUUUCGUCACCAAGCUGUUGGCAGGACAGCAGGAAACAUCCUGAUCCGACUGGCUGACAGCCUGGUGUUGCCACUAAACUGCAGCGACUAUGCUGAACUUCUGGAGGAUUACCUCAGCACAACGGUGAAACUUUAUCAGAAUAAACUGGAAGCAAAGAAAAUCUCUAUGGAACCACUAAAACGUGCAGUGGCCAGCUUCCGCACUGCAGCGACUCAUUUGGACGAGGUUAUUCACGGUUUGGACCUGGCAAAUGAAACACCGCUGAAGAUCAGAAGGAUCAACGACCAGCUCAUGCUGCUGGACAGAGCUUUCUUGAAUCCUCUGGCCUUCGCAGAUAAAUAUGCAACCAGGUCAUUUGCCCUUCCCCCAGUGUCAUCUGUCUGAUUGGCUGUGUCCCAAUGUCAAGGAAGGAUGCUCAAACAAAUUUGAAGGAUUCUACGUCAUCGACAUCCGCCGAAGGACUGUCCCAAUGUCCAGGAUCCUCCAGCGGGCAGAGUCCUUCUUCUGCCCAAAUUCCAAGGAUGCAUGUGUGUAUCCUCUGUGAGCCCAGACUACCCACAAUGCCUUGCGCACACCGGUCUACUGGGAGAUUUAAAAAUGGCGAGCGUAGAAACAGUGACGCCAGCGGCGCAAUAUGCAUUUAAAUAUAUAUGUAUUUUCAGUUUACACUGAAUGUUAUAAUAACUAAAACGAUUAAUAAUGUUUUUCAUCCCAACAACCCUUCCUCACCCCUAUACUCUGUUUUGUGUGUGUCCAUCUUUGUCAAUUGUCGCUAUGUGAGUUUUUAAGACUUUAUGCUGCAGCCCAAAUAAAUCAACUAAGAAAGUGUUAGGUAAAUUUGCGGUCAAAAAC